ACAAUAACUGACGCGACGCCAUUACCGGCUCAGUUAUCAUUCUGCUUGAACUUUCCUUUACCUUCUUACGAACAAUUUACUAUUCUUGUGCUACGCUGUGAACUAUUCUGCUUGUGCUGUGAUUUCUCUCCACCUAAUUCUUCCUGCUGCGUUCUUCUGCUUGUUGGAAUAAAAUUUGCAUCGCAACGUACGUAGCUACUACAGGAGGAAGGCGCAAAGUGAAAAGGGGCUGGCAAAGAAUUAAUUCAGUGACUGCAAUGCGCGUGUGACACCUCUGGUGUUACACACGUCCAGGCUUCGGUGACCGCUUGCCAUCGGGUCGCUUGUUCAGUAACAGUGAGUGAAGUGAAGUGUAAGUGAAGUGAUGUCAAAGUGACCGGCAUGGAGUCAAGCGCGCUGCCGUUGGACGUGGACGAGGAGGGUCGCCCCGCGCAGGGGUCGUCGACCGGCAGCGGCUCCUCAUCAGGCACUGGAUAUUACGGCCAUAAGAACGGUGAAUGGCGCGGCGAACGGAGAAUGCUGGACAUCACGCGAGACAAACCUGUCAAAGUGUGUGUGCGUGUGGUUGUACCAGUCAGAGAUCACCCUAAAUUCAACUUCGUGGGCAAACUCCUCGGACCCAAGGGGAACUCCCUGAAGAGGCUACAGGAGGACACCAUGUGCAAGAUGGCAGUCUUAGGGCGGGGUUCCAUGAAAGAUAGACAAAAGGAGGAAGAACUCAGAGUGUCAGGGGACCCCAAGUUCGCGCAUCUAUCAGACGAACUGCACGUAGAGAUCAGCGCGUUCGCAACGCCAGCCGAAGCUCACGCUAGGAUCGCCUAUGCUCUGGCCGAGCUGAGGCGGUUUCUGGUACCUGAUUACAAUGACGACAUCAGACAGGAACAGAUGCUGGAGAUGCAGAUAUUGUCGUCACAGACUGAGCAGAGGAGACUGACGCCACCAGACUCUUCUAGGAGUGGAAGUGAGGAGGCGUUACCUCUUAGAGACACGCAGAAACACAGGAUACCAGGAGUCCAGCCGUCUCCUGCACCAGCGGCGCUCCCUGGCGGGAUGGCGAUCAACCACGGCAAUGCACGGGACUUCUCCCCUCCCGCACCCACCCCCGCGCCCGACCACCUCGCUGCUCAUCAUCAGUUGGCGGCCGGCCACACCGGACACGGCAUGCUCGUCGGUGGCGGGGUUCUACAGCAACCACCAACGCAUCACAUAUUAACACAGAAUUCUAUACUAGGUGGCGGGGAUCUUCUGGGCCUGGGCAGCCCUGUGCUCGGCGGUGUCCUCCACGCGCACCCAGCAUUGCGAGGUGUGAAGCCUGCUGCGGUGCACGCGCUCGCGACGCAAGGUGCGGGUGGGGCGGCUGCGAGCACAGCCCGCAAGCGGCCGUUGCUGGGCGGUGCGCGAGCCGCCAUGUCGCCGACUAAACGCGCCGUCAUGACUCUGCUGGCCCGCGCACGCGCAGCCACGCACAAGCACGCCCCGGCAUGGAACGUGCCGCAUGAACACACUGCCCUCUUGCCUCUCAUACGAGACGAAUUCGUCACUGGAGUGGGGGUCAACAUCAAUCUAGCGUAAUAACCAGGACAUCGACAGGGUGUUACUACUCAACCAUAGGGUAAAGAUGUGAAAAUAUAUGUAUGUUUAUAUAUUAAAAUAUCUCAACUGUGUCUAGUCGAAUGAACAGUGCUUAUGUAAAUGGAACUGAGGGCGAAGUGUGAGCAUUUCACUUCUCACCACCGAGUCGAUUCGCAGUGAGACGCAGCGAACCAAUCACAGUGCGCCAUUGUGACGCAACGACAACCACACCGCAAUGUGAUUGGUUCGCCCCGUCUCACUGCGAAUCGACUCGACAGUGAAAAGUGAAAGGCAAAUCCGUACUUCGUCCUCUGUUCGAAUUAUUUAGAUGGCGAUACGAUUAUGUUCUCGGAAAUAUUCGUGCUCACUCCACGGUACAUGGUGUAAGUGUAAGUACUCAAACGAAUGGGUAUAAAAGGUGAAAGUCUUGCUGCGCAUCUAGUCAAGUACCUAAGUCUAGUCAAGCAAAAUCAUAAUCACCACAUUUUGUUGUAGAUUUUAUUUUGUAAAUAACAUUUGAGUACAGGAUGUUACUAUUCAACCAUGCAAAUUAAAUAAUGGAAAGCCCCUUAUGUCAUUAUUCUUUGAUCCGCUUGAAUAUCUGAUCGGGUUAUAGGACCAAGCAUAUCUGAAGACCUACCACGAAACAUGACAGCGUGUUCGCAUCGGUCGAAACGCUCUGAGAAUCACCAACUUUGUUUUGAAAAUCUAUAUAUGUAAACAACGAUUUAUGAUUAUAAAAAUUAUAUAAGAUAUUAAUUAUAAGUUUAAAUUUUCAAACAAUUGAAUUACCUAAUAUUAAGACGUUAAUUAGAAUUAAUCACGUUUAAAGUAUGACGCCCUGUAUAGUAUAAAUGAAUGAACAAUAUAUAUAGUAGGUUGAGUCAAUAAUUAAAAAAGUAGUUAGUAAUUAGUUUAAUAACUUAAUUUGAUUUGUACCUGUGCAUUACUUAGUUUUUUUUUAUUAACUUUAUCUUAUAUAUAUUUUUUAAUUUAAAUCUUUCGAAGAUUUGAAAUUUUUACCCAUAGAAUGGAGUCACACUCAUUACGCCACAUUUGCUGUAUAUGUUGCAUUUUUUGUCAUGUAAAUCCCUGUUAGUACUACCGCUGGUAGUAUUAACAGGGAUUUACAUGACUGCAAGGAAAUGGUUAUGUGUAUUGCGCGUAUUUUGUAUGUAAUAUUCUUUAUUGCCUCACACUUUCCAAACGACAGGAUAGAUUUCUAUAUAUUUCUAUCUCACUACGAUCGUCUCGACCGCCCAAGGGUUUUAAGAAAAGUUAACUUAAGAAAACAAAAUGGAAACUAUGAGAUAUUCAUAUUUGAUUUCUUUCUACUUUCUACAUGAUAGACCAGAUUAAAGUUCUUUAAGGAUUUCGAAAAAAAAAUAUCGAAUUACAAUCCUGAAAAAACAACGAUACGACGAUAUAAAAUAUAAAUAAAUAUUAAUCACAAAUCACACAGAUUGAGUUAGCCCGAAAGUAAAUUCGUGACUUGUGUUAUGGGAUACUAUCUCAACGAUACUAUAUUUUAUAACAAAUACAUAUAUAGAAAAAUUUCAAUCUUCUUUCAGUCGACGUGCAGGCAGUUUUCUGAACUUCAAAUUAAUUGUUUGUUUUCACCCGUGGUUCUACUGUGACUGGUACUGUACUAUGUGCAAAUACGGCCAUGUUUAGACUUGCAUCAAACCAAAUGUACUGCAUUAAUUAAGGUGAUAUGCAAACGUAAACAUGGCUAACAAGCAUGAAUAUAUUGUUGACUCAGUUCAAACAUACGGUUACAUUCGCAUCCUGCCAUAAGGACUGAUUGAUUGAUUGAUUUUGACGUCAAUAACUGAUAUAUAUCAUCCUAAAUUGAAUAAAGAAUUUUGAAUACUAGUCUUAAAAAGCCACAUUAGUGGUUCUCAAAGCGUUACGACGGUUGCGGCCGCACUAUCUUACAAUUUUUCAAAUCUUAACAAAGAAAGGCUACUAUCUGUCUUUAAAAUAAUUAGUUUUACUAUAUGUCUUUAAAAUAAUUAAUCGGUACUGUGGUAAUGUCAAUUUUAUGAUCGUUCCGAAAUGCCAGUAGUUUGUAGCUUGUGAGAAAUAACUAUUUAAUAUAAAAAUUGACGUGAAAAAGUGCCUGUGAAGGUCUAAUUUCUGAAUAAAUGAUUUGAAUUAAUGAUUGAUUUUGGAAAUGAUUUCUUUCUCGAAAGAAAAUUGUCGGAUCGUAACGACAGCGCGGCCGCAGCGGUCGAAACGCUCUGAGAGCCUCCCAUUAAUGAAGAGGCUGUUGAGAAUAGACAAGACGUGUAAACAUCCACGGGAGCAAAGAAGUGAUAGGAAAUAAAAAAUAGGAACUUUAUCAUUUAAAUAUCUGGUCAUAGAAAUGGUUUUUUCCAUUAAUGAAAAAUGUAUGGGUGAAAAUUUUGACCUGAAAAAAAAAUGUUAUUUAGACUUAAAAAUUAAAUCCCAAUAAGUUUAUAAAUUAUGUUUAUUAUAAGUAAUAAAGGACCAUGGUGUAUUAAAAAUUAUCCUAUGCCUUUUAGUGAAAUGUAUGUAUAUAUAUAAUUAUAUCAAUAUUAGUGACUAAGUAUAUAUACAGACGAAUUAAAUAUAAAGGUGUUUCAUAAAAUAUUACUAAAUAUAUAAAAACUGUCUUUAGGAUAUAAUUUACUGCUUACAUAACAUUAUGUGAGAUAUUUUCAAAAUUUUAUACAACUUUCAAGGAGAAACUGAAACUUCACAAUGAAAAAACAAUAAUCGUUUAAUAAAAACUGAAAAAAGAAAUUGGAAAUAUCAUACAGGAAGAAUAUUAUUUUUUAAAAGUACAUAUUUGGUUUGGUUUUAUAAUCAAUUAAAUAUAAAUAUAUUCACACAGCACAAUUCAUGAUUUGAAACAUAUUGCAACAACAAGAAUAUACAAGUUUGAUCUUUACAUGUAAUUUAUCAAAUAAAUAGAUCAAUUUGAAAAUAAGUAAGUGAUUUCUGUGUUUUAAAUUUAAGGCAUUUGUAUUUAGAUACACACUUUUUAAAAUUCUUACCUAAAAUUAUAAUAAAAAAGAUUUUUAAUUGUAGGCCCUAACCAUUUGUAGACACUUUAAUAUAAUAAAAAAUAAUAAGUAUAUAUAAUAAUAAAGGCACGUCCAAGCAGUUCAAAAUUAAAAUAAAGUUAGUAUUAAUAUAAAUGUUUGAAAAUUAAAUCAAUAAACAUCAGUUUAAUAUGAUAAUUAAAAAUAUUAAAUUAUACGUUUUCGAAUAAUGUAUCGCUUUUGGAUAAAAUGUAAUGAAAUAUGUAACUUUAAAAUAAGUUUGAAUUAAAUUAUUUAAAUAUAAAACGAUAAUUAACUAAAACAUAUUUUAAUUGCUUGAAACCUCGUCUGUUGUUUGUGAUAAUCUAGUUAGAUGAAUUUUGCUAUAUCUCUUAUAUAAUACACAAUAAUAUAUUAAGAUUACGUAUGUAUAGUUUAAAAGAAUUUCUGACGAAUGUUGUUUAAUUUAUUGAAUUUAUUUUUCAUCUCCAUAUUAUAAUUAAAGUGCGAUAACACCAAUUGUAUCUGAUAAUUUCAAAUCUGUAAAUACUGUAAAUUAUAUUUUACGAAAUGUUAUACUGACUUAAAUUAAUAUAUUUGAGUUUUCGACAGUGUUGUAGUAAGUUUGUUUUUCCUGUAUUUAUUGAUAGUUGAUAAUAAUGUAAUUUAAGUCUUCCAAAGUGGAAUUACGAUACAUGCUUUGUAAUUUAUCUGAAUGUUUGAGUUAUACAUUUCAAUAUGAUUGUAUAAUUAUUUGAAAUUUAUUUUCCUGGGAUAUGUACGAAUUAUUAUUUUCUUCUGAUAAUCAGGUGUUCAGAAACUGCUUAAGUGACUUAUAUUUUUAGUUAAUAUAGCAAUGUGCACUGAGAUCAAAUGUAGGAAAUAAACAUACAAUCUAGCAAUGAUAUUUUAUUCAUAUCCCAUUUAUAACCACAAAAAAGUCAUCUCGUAUCAGACAACAGAUACGACAAAUAAGAU